GGCGGCUGCCGCUCGCCCAGGGCUCCGCUCCACCGGCAGAUCGCGCGCCUCUGCAGCAGCAAACGCCGCCGCCUCCCGGAGGAUCGUCGCUGCUGCUGGGGCUGGCUGGCUGGCUGGCUGGGGGCCGCCGAAGAUGAGCUCCGGCGGGCACGUCGUCUGCACCGGCUGGCUCAUCAAGUCGCCCCCCGAGAAGAAGCUCAAGAGAUACGCUUGGCGGAAGCGCUGGUUCGUGUUGCGCCAGGGGCGUAUGAGCGGGAACCCCGAUGUCCUGGAGUAUUACCGAAGCAGCCACUCCAAGAAGCCCAUCCGGGUGAUUGACCUGAACGAAUGCGAGGUGGGAAAGCACUCGGGCUCCAACAUCAUCAAGAAGGAAUUCCAGAACAAUUUUGUCUUUGUCGUGAAAACGACGGUCCGCACCUUCUACCUGGUGGCCAAGUCUGAGGAGGAGAUGCAGGUCUGGAUGCACCACAUCACCCAGAUCUGCAACUUCGGACAGCUGGAAGACGGAACAGAUUCGGGAGACAGCCUGUCCCACACCACUUCCUCCCCGCAGCCCUCGCCGGCCAGUUCUGCCCACAUCUUGAGGAUCGUGGACCCCUCCUUCCUGGCCGAUCAAGCCGCCGCUGAUGCCUCCGCUGCUGAGGAGACGGCAAGCGAAUCCGAGUCAGUUUUCCUUCUGGAUUAUCUCUUCUUGUCCAACUGUGAGACCGGGAAGCUGAACCAUGUCAGAUGCCACAGCUGGUCCAAUUCUGAUCGCUCUCUGGAGCAGACCUCCUCUGAUGACGUUUUCGUCGACUUCAUGGCAUCUCAGCCCACACUUUAUUUACAGCCCUCGAGCAGCCUGCUGCAAGAGAUAGUCCAGCCAGCAAGCCAAGGGGCUCUCCCCAGGAACGUGGACACCAGCGGGCCUCCUUCUAGUGAACUCUCCUCUUCCUCUCCAUUGUCGGGACCUCCAUUAACGCCAACCUUACUGGUGGAUAAGAGCCAGAAUGCCCUUUCCUACGGCAUGACCGAACUUGACGUUCUGGCCAAGACGCCACCACCGAGGCCUCCUAAACCAACACACUUCUCUGACCGGAGAGCUGAAGAACAGCCCAGUGGGACAAUUCAGAAUGGACAUUCUGGGCUCUCUAGUGCACAGGGUACUCUGGUGCCCAGAAGGAUAUCCUUGUCUGGUUUGGAUAGCAUGCGGAACUGGAAAGUUGAUAUGGACGGAAACUCCUUGCGAAGAAGAGACAAACGACUUAGCUUGAAUUUGCCGUGCCGAGUCAGCCCACUCUACUCCUGCGCGUCGAACAGUCCGGAGGACAGUUACGUCCCCAUGCACUCCAGUGGCUCCCCGCCCAGCACAGGGUCCGACUGCACGUCCGACGGCUACAUUCCCAUGAGUCCAGGCUCCGCGGCCUUCGUCCUCCCCGCGGUCAGCACCGAAAAGCUCCCCAGUCCACUCCCCAAGCUCCCCGCGGAUCUAGAACCACCUCCGGUGAACCGGGAUCUCAAGCCUCGCCGGAAACCACGACCACCUCCGUUGGACUUGCAGAGUCUUUCCACUAUCCGAGAACACACUGCCUUAACCAGGACGUGGACAGUGCCUUACAAUCGAACGAGCUUUAUCUCUCCAGAAAGAGACUGCAUUAAUUCAGCCAGAGUAUUUGCCAGUUCAGUUUCCGGAGAAGAGGAAGAAACUUACAUUCAAAUGGAACACUGGCAAGCAACGUCUCCCUCCAGUGACAUUUUCCAAUGGCCAAAAAAGUCUAACCUUGAUUACUUAGCGCUGGAUUUCAACUCUGCCUCCCCGUCGCCUGUGCAAAAGAAACCCUUCCUCUCCGAAGAGCAAAGAGUGGAUUAUGUCCAAGUGGAUGAGCAGAGAACUCAGGCUCUCCAGAACACUAAGCAAGAAUGGACGGACGAAAGGCAAUCCAAAGUUUGAAAGGAAACCACACUGGCUUUGUGGUCCUUUUGUUUUGCACAUCGAAAUCCAGGUAGUUUCAUGAUCCAGGUGCGAUGGCAAGAAGCCGCCAUUGCAGGCAAGGUGGGACAUUCUGGUGGCCUGAGAAGAAACCACAUCUCAGAAGGAGCAGUCUUCUGAGUUUGGAAAGAGUUUGGAAAAGAUUUUUUUUUUAAGGGAUCUCUGUGUAGCUUAUCGCGAUGACACCAUUGCUGUCGUCUUCUCGGUCUCCCAAGUAUGAGCCAUGGUACAAUUUCAGGACAUUGCUUUGGGCCUCCUUGAACAUAUGGUGGGAACAAAAAGCCUUUCUAAAUUGCAUUAAACUCUGCAAUUACUGCUGUUUCUCCCCCACCCCCUUCCUAUUUAACAGAUGCUGCCACUCCAGUGGCAUCUGGUACUGACAGGUAUUGGGGAAUAAGGGCUAAACCUUAGGGACAAUAUCCGAGAACUGUGGGGAAUGGGAUUUCCCAUAAGAUGCUUCACUUUCGUUUCCUGUCGUGAGUGUGUAAAUAGAACUUUGCACUGUCAAAAAUGGCAUUCAUUCUCCCUCUCAUUGUUGUGAACACAGACUGGUUCUUCUGUGGUGGCUGCUGCCUUGUCCAGUUGCUCAUGAUCCUUCCCCUCCCCUUCCUUUCUCUGUGCGGUGAGGAGUCGUUUUAAGUGUAGCAUAAGCACUCCUCUGCCAGUACUGCACGGAUCCCUCAAGAGUUCCUUUCCAAAGGAAUUGCCGAAAACUAGUUUUGCAAGUCUUUGCGGGUUGGCAAAGCACAGAAAACGUCCUCUGAAUGGCAGAGAAGAAAACGUCGUUGGAAUUUUCAGGGACGUCCGACCAGUUUCUAGAUCCCAGGAAUCGAGAUAACAGUGGAAGGAUCUCAUGCCCACGCGCAGAAUGAGCAAUUCUACAAAACUGAGGAAUUUUACUCCAGUGAACCUGACUCAUACCUUAAUCACUGAAUUAUUUUACUUCACAUUUCGCCUUUUUGUUCAUAAAUCAAUGAGGAUGUGCCAUCACUUAGACUUCACUGAUGCAUUGUUGGCGGCAGCCAUUUGUUAAAUGGGUUCAGCAUUUUUCCCCCCUAACAAAUGAGCGUUGCUCAUCAUCAAGAACACUCAGGAGUACUUUGUUUAUGGCAUUCCUGGUUGGCCAGUUGACCUUGCCCAAGUUUGGGGUGCUGUCUUCUUUUCUGGCAGGCCAAUAAGCGCUUCCUAAGAGCAGAAAUCCAACUGGUAAAGCUUUUGCUCAUCACAGUUUCUUCAUGCUAGAGAAAGCUUUGCCAGUUGGAUUUUGUUUCGGCCUACCAUGCCCUUGUUGAAGGUACAGAAUCUUUCUGCCAGGAAAGAAAAAGGUAACUGCCCUAGCAUUAGUGGCUUCCUUGUCCCAACCCAUGAGGUUGUCGUGUGACUUUGUUGUGGAUGAAAAGUGCUGUUGAUCAACUGGAUUUUCCUGUACUUUCAGGCAAAGCCAGAGGACUAAUGGCUCCAGGUUGCACGGAGGAGAGUCCCUCUGUGCUCUAUUUGUGUCUUCCAUUUAGGGACACCAACUUUGUAAAAUGGCCCUUGCUCCCACGUCUUUAAAAUUUGCUUGAUCUGCAGACGUCAGCAUUCCAAGUGGCACCUGCAGAUUUCUGCAGAGCCAGCUGUUGAUACAUGCCAGGAGGUUUCUUCCCUUCAUCAGAUGGCCAUCUUAAUGACCUAAAGGAGCCAUUCCUUAAAGCAGGGAUUCUCAACCGUUGGGUCCCCCCAGAUGUUAUUGGACUUCAACUCCCAUAAUCCCCCAGCCCCAGUGGCCUUUGGUGGGGAUUAUGGGAGUUGAAGUCCAAUAACAUCUGGGGGGUUGAGAAUCCCUGCCUUAAAGAAUGCAACUCACACAGACCGUAGGGCUGUUCUCAUGACCGGCACCAGGGCAGGUAAAGCCUUUUACCUUAAUUCAGGAGUUGUGUGGGUUCCUGAUUGGCCAUCAUGAGAAUUCUAUAGGCGAGGUAGGCAGGGGGGGAUAUGCUCAGCUGCAAGCUGGGUAUGGAGGUGGCAGUGGUGAGCCCAGAACUAGUAGCCAGGUCCAGAGGGAGGGUGAAAGGAACGUACUCCCAGAGGCGUAACUAGGGAAAACGGCGCCCGGGGCAAGCACUGAAAUGGCACCCCCUGCGCGCCCCCCCCCCCCCACAUACUACAUUAUACUUAGGUUUUUCCUCACAAGCGCCCGCCGACGCCGCCAAGCCAGGCCACUGACUGGCCGCCAGGCGCCAGCAAAGCAAUGGGGGGGGCGCGGGCAGAGCAGAAGGGACCGCUCGUGGGGGAGGGGGCGCCGACACGCUCCCUUGACUGCUGCAGCGCUGCUGCACUGAGCAGGAAACAUUUGUAUUAACAAAAAAUAAAAAAUAAUAAAAAAAUAUUUUUUGUCAUGGCGGCGCCCCCCACGUGACCAGAAAAGAUGGCGCCCGGGGCACGUGCCCCCCCUGCCCCCCCUAUAGUUACGUCUCUGCGUACUCCCUGCGCCUCCUUAGCCUGCAGAUGAGCAUUAUCCCCUCCUGCAACCUUGCUUGUAGGAUUCUCAUGAUGGCCAAUCAGGAAUAUACAUGGUUCCCAAAUUAGUGUAGGAGGCUUCUCCUACCCUAUUUCCAGUUGUGAGAACAGCCCUCCUGGUUGUUGUUUUUGUUUUGGUGUGCGUGUGUUUUUAAACCAGUAUCUUGCAUCUCAUUGACUCGGGCACGGCCAACAGAACUUGGAUCCCAUUUCAUUCACGCACAUUGAAUCAGUGAAAUAAAGCUAUGGGGUUGUGCUUCGGGAUCUGUGCAACCUUCAGUCACAUGCCUUGAGGCCAAGUCUUGCUUCAGUGGACUUCUGCACUAUUCUUGAAUGGUUAAGUUUGGCAUUAAAUAUCCUCCUCUCCUGGUGCUUGCAGUGCAAAAGAGUUUGUGCCGCUGGAACCCAGCCGGAUAAAAUCUGUGCUUGAUUGCAUCACCCAAUCGCAUCGCUCCUGAGAAUGGCACAGAUGGUGUUGCUAUGACACAGGCCAUCAAGGACUGGUUGCAUCCAGUUUCGGUUCCCAGCAAUGACAAGGUGGACUGCAUUCCUGGAGAGAAUAAUGCACAGCACCCAAAUAAACGUGAUCACUAUCUCCCAUCUGUGCUGGUCCACAUCAUUUUACUGCCCAAAGGAUCUGCGUGCAAUCUGAGGGCUAUAGCCCAACAAUUUUGGCAAGAGUGUAAGAUGGGGGUUCUCAGAGGGGGGUCCUCCGAAGUGGGACUACAACUCCUAUCAUUCCCGGCCACAUUGGCCUUGGCCAUUGUGACAUCAUUGUCCCACCAAUGAUGGGGGACCCCAGUCUGAGAAUCUCUGCUGUAAGAGCUAUUUGAUUGGUAGUUCCUUUAAAAAUAAUGUUAUCUCCUCAGUCUUACGCAGAACCUUUGCUCUACCUUACAGAUGUUGGGAAUUUCAUUCAGUUGUACACCCGUCCCACAGUUCCCUCUCAGACCAGCAAGUGCUGUGAUCAGACAGAAGUGGGAGUGUCGUUCUUUAGUGUUCUGCUUUGCAGAGUUUCUCAGGCUGUCCAAAAGGAUAGGAUGGAAGCUACUGAAACUGCAAUAGCUUGUCUGUCAUUUCAGAGGCGAAUAACUCAAGAAAGAUCUGUAUGUCUUCUCCGUGAAGCAGGGACUCUCUCAAAAGUUUCUUUGGCAGUUGUAGGAGAACUAGACUUUCUGCAGAUGAAGCUUUUCAUCUCCUCUACGGUAGGAAAAGGCUCAGCUGUUUCUGCUUUCACCAGUUGGAGCAGCGGGAAACUCGGUGUAGGAAGUAGCACCCCAAUGAAGCAUUAUUCUUGGCAAAGAUAAUCUCUGAGAGUGCUUUAGAGAAACCCCCUUUCUUGAUUAUGAAAGGUUCACAUGAUUACGCAGAGGGCGAAUAUACUCUCAUUCUUUUCUUUGUUGUGUUAGUUGUAUAUAGUGUGUGUGCACAUGAAACCAUGUUCCUUUUUCUAAUAAACCAAGUUAAAAUGAA